AAAAUUUCCCCAUUUCUUCAUCUUCCCCAAUCUCUCUAAAACCCUAGAAACUCACUUCCUCUCAGUUUCCUCAACUCUCUACUUUGUUUCAUCAAGCAAAGUCCCAAAAGAAGCAAUCUUUUACUCUCUUCUCUUCUUUAUUUUUUCUGGGGAGAAAGAAAUUUCACUUUUUUUUAUCCGAUUUUGCUUCAUCUGGGUUUUGGAUUUUUGCGAUCGAUUUUGAAAAUUAGCAAACAAUGUCGGGUUCUGGAGGAGUUUCAAUCGCACGUACAGCGAUCCGUGGUGAGAAUCGGUUUUAUAAUCCACCUCCGAUGAGAAGGAUGCAGCAAGAGGCGCAAUUGCAGCAACAGAUUAGGGAGAAGCAACGUCGUGAUGAUGAAGAAGAAGAGCGAAGAAAGGCUGUGACUGUUGUGGCUAUGCCUCCUCCGAGGACUAGGAAAGGUCUUGGUGUGUCGGAGAGUAAGAAUCGGGUUGUUGUUUCGGGUUCGGAAGUAUGUGCCGGUUCUUCUGAUUCUUCUUCCGGGUCGGGUCGGGUUCUUAGUGAUGGGUCUAACUUGGAUCGGUUCUUGGAGCAUACUACUCCUGUUGUUCCUGCCCGUUUAUUUCCCAUGAGGAGCAGGUGGGAACUUAAAACCCGCGAAUCGGAUUGCCAUACGUAUUUUGUUUUGGAGGAUCUUUGGGAGUCAUUCGCAGAAUGGAGUGCAUACGGUGCUGGUGUUCCUUUAGAAAUGCAUCCUCUAGAAAUGAAUGGGAGUGACUCCACUGUGCAGUAUUAUGUGCCUUACUUAUCUGGUAUUCAGUUAUAUGUGGAUCCGUCGAAGAAGCCUAGGAAUCCAGUUGAAGAUAAUGAAGGAAGUAGUGAAGGAAGCAGCAACAGUAAGGUCGAGAAGUUACCUAAUCAUGCUAAGAAUUUGCCGAAUGCGGUGGACUUGAGUGUCAGUGAACUGAAUAGAAUUAGUCUGAGAGAUCAAUCUAUUGCUGGCUCGUUGUCUAGUGGAGAAACGGAGAUCAGCAAUCCGCAGGGACGAUUACUAUUCGAGUACUUGGAGUAUGAACCUCCGUUUGGCCGGGAACCUCUGGCUAACAAAGUCUCGGAUCUGGCGUCAAGAUUUCCUGAGCUAAUGACAUACCGGAGCUGUGAUCUUCUUCCUUCAAGUUGGGUCUCUGUUUCAUGGUAUCCAAUAUACAGAAUACCGGUUGGUCCAACACUACAAAAUCUCGAUGCCUGCUUUCUAACUUUUCACUCUCUCUCAACAGCACCUCCUCAAAGUGCUAUUGGUUGUAGUGAUUCGGAACCAUCCACAAAGCUACCGUUGCCUACUUUUGGACUCGCAUCUUAUAAGCUGAAAGUAUCUGUAUGGAACCAAAAUAGAACUCAAGAGUCCCAAAAGAUCACUUCUUUGCUACAAGCUGCAGAUAAAUGGCUCAAGCGUCUGCAAGUUGAUCAUCCAGACUACAGAUUCUUCACCUCUAACAGCCCACAAAUGAGGUGAAAUGAAAGAUACUUUCUUGACCAUCGAUUUGGCUCUGGUCUGAUCUAAAGACCCAUUAUCUGCUGCUCUUACUUCACAUAUAAAGUCUCUCUUACACUGAAGAACCACCAAAUAGUGGCUAGACUCUUGCGUGUUUUUCAGGCGAUUUAAGAGUCUCUGCUGUUUCGUUUCCAGAAGAUGCUUUGUGAAUUGUAGCCUAAUCUUCCUUUUUCUUCUGAAACUUAGUCUUUUGCUUUUACCCUGAAUAAGGAUUUGAGGAGCCC